GCGCAUAUAAUCCGGCUGGUUUCAGCCUUCUGUCUAUCAUACAAACCUCUGCCGAGCCGCUGUGACGCGGGGCUGAGUAAAGAAGCUUGCCAUAAGUUGCACUGUAUGCUCGCUUUCGCUCGUCUUUUUAGUUAGCCAAAUAUACCGGUGACAAAGGUCCUUGAGGGGACUUCCAAAUAGGUUGAAGAAACCUCCCUUAUACCUCUUUUCCUUCCCAGGUAUCUACCUUGAUCAUGUCCAUCAGCAAAAGUGACUGGAUUUCCUCCGCUUCCGCCCGUGCAUUUGCAGGGCAACUGAAUCCGACCUCCGAGCUCGACAUCCAGACCAAAGCAUAUCCGGAGAGUCUCACUCACGAGGCUGACGCCAACGACCGGAGACGCAUGAAUGGGAUCUACUACGACCUGGCUCCAGAAGAAGGUGAAGUAUACCAUGGCGCCGAGAUAGCCCGCAAAGCGCUACAGGCCAAAUGCGAUGAAUUCUUCGCCGCCCAAGAAGACCGAGCGCCGAAGACAUCGCCGUCGCGGUUCCGAAGACAUCGCAAAUCGGGGUCACGCCAGUUGGUUGGCGUGGAGAUCAAAGACGCCGAGCUGUACACGGUCGAGCAUGUCAAAGCCCUGGCUCAACAGACGAGAGACAAGUGGAUGGACGGUACGGGGAAGAUCUCGCGCAACUUCAAUACCAUCUGCAACAACCUCGACGCCCACCGGGCGAUCUUCGAGUGCUUCCCGAGCGAAAAUGUCUAUACGUCGGUGCUGUGCAGCGCCGUCUCGAUGAUCAUCCAGGCAUCGGUCAACUAUUCGACCAUCGCGGAGCAGCUGUCCUCGCAUAUCAACACGCUGUCCGACCGCAUCCUGGUCUGCACGCGGUGGGUGGACACCUUCGAUGAGCCGAUCAUGCAAGCACGCCUGUCCAGCAUUUACGGGGCGUUCUUCGACUUCUUCACGGAAGUAGCCGCUUGGUAUCUGAAGCCCUGGUACUCCCGGGUCGUGGACUCGUUCAACAGCCACUGCGCGCCCAAGUAUCAAGCGACGGUCUCCUCGAUCGAACGGUCCCUGGAUCUGAUGACGGAGUACGGAGUGACGCUCAUCGCGGACGGAGUGCUGAAGCUAUCCCGAUCAGCCGCCUACGUCCGCGAGGCGAUGACGAAAUGGCGCACCGAGUUCAAAGAGGUCGAGACGUUCCGCAAGGAGCUGGGCCAAUACAUGUACACGCUGUUGGAAACCACAGCCGCCCAAGAAAACCACGUGCGACAAUUAGAGCAGCUUCACCACCCACAAGCCCCUACUCCCGCGCCCCAACCACCCAGCAUCCCAGCCGCAACCCCGGAAGAGAACAACCCCACGCCCUGCACCCCACAAACCGUCUCCCGCGCCGAAGCAGCGCAAUACUGCACCGACUUAGAAACCUUCAUCCACGCCGUAGGCGCCAGCGACGGGAUCGAUCUCGCGACCGACACGCCCUUCAUCCGCCUGGACGCGGUCCUGGUCCGCCGACUGGGCGCAUGGCUGCAAUCGUCCGAGCAGUCGUCCUGCGAGACACUAUGGAUCAGCAGUCCGCACGAGCGGGGCGAGCGCACGAGCGCCGACUGGGCCGCCAUCAAGGUCAUCCAGGUGGCCAUCCGGGCCAAGGGUCCGUUCAUAUCGCACGUCGGCCGCCGGCCGCACCCGUCCGAGAUCGCCGCCGGGUUUUCAGGAACCCCGGGCGAGGCAGGUCUGCUGGCUAUGGUGUAUAGUCUGAUUCUGCAGCUUCUGCAGUUCCGUCCGGAGGAGGAUGCGGUGCAGCUUCCGCUGGAUAUGCUUGUUGCUAUGAGUGAAUGCCGGGAGGAUGGUGCCGGCUGGCGGGCCGCGCUGGAGGUGUUUCGGAUGCUGUUGGCUGGCACGCCGGUGCUGGGGUACUGUAUUGUUUCUGGUCUGGUGGAGAUGGAGGCUGAUGCGGAGGAGCGGUGCAGGGCGUUUUUGGAUGUGCUGCUUGGUCAUGCGCCGCUGGGGCUGAGGGUGUUGUUGGCGACCUCUGGGAGGUCGGCGUUGUUGCCGGGAUAUGUGGGAGUUGAGGGGCAGUUGAGGACGGAUCGGAGUGCUCAUGCUAUGGGGGGGAUGGGGCGCGUGGGCGGGUUGUUUUAA